AUGUUCGACGUUGUUGGUGUUUAUGGCGAAUUCCGUUCAACGUGUGUACUAAACCAGAGUCAGGCGUACUUUACUUAAAGAGACUAAUAAAAUGUCUGAAUUGGCACAGAGUCAGUUUGAGUCCAGCGAUGAUGAACUUCCCGAGGAGGUCGCCUUUGAUGCGUCCAAAAGUGCUGCUCUGAAGAGCGUUAAAGAUGCACUGGAGUCAGCUAAAAGCGAGAAGAACCUAUUGAAGGAGAAACGAAGGAAAAGGCAACAGUUGUUUCAAGAACAAAAGACGAGAAAACGUCUUCCUGAAGACCUCCUGGAGGAAUUUGAUACAGAACCCCAAAGAUCUGCUGAGUUAUCAGACAACACCAAAGAUGAUGAGGAGACAAAUGUCACGUCAGAAACAAUCUCUAAAAGUUUACCAGACAGUUACAGUGUAAAGAGAGUGAAGGAUGAAUCCGCUGCCAAAUCACUGCAACAAAGUGCAAUUGACUUCAUUCAGUCCCGCCUUUAUGGACCAGGAACAAAACGAACAAGCAAUAAAGAGCUUCUGUCCCUCAAAAUGAAAAAGGGUGCCAGACAAGGUGCAUCUGUGGAGUUUGUGAAUAAAAAAUAUGAUGCCGACUUAAUAAAGAAGAUCACAAAGUCCAAUAAAAGGUUUAUACACAAACAGAAAAUGGUUUCUUCAUGAGAUCUAAAACAGGAGAAUUAUAAGUAUAACACAUGAGAACUGUAACCUUCCUUAACUUGGGGAGCUUUGCUAUUUUUGACCAUAUGCAUCACAUUUUACAAAAGGACACCUUUAAUUUAGUACCUGUUCUGUUAACGAAUAGUUAAAAUAUUAUCAAAUAAAAUUCAGUCUGCUCAUACAAAUAGAAAGGACUAUGUUCUUCCAUCUUGUUCAAAUCGAAAGUAAAAAAAAAAUGUUCAUGUUUGCAUAUUUACUGUACACUUUAAUAAAUGUAAACCUGAUCUACGGCCUGAAGUUUCUUGUUUUAGUUAUGUUUUACAUUCAUUGUAACUACAUGACUGGUUGUGGCAUUUCAAAACGUUAACAUAUUGUAAUAAAACUAUUUUGCCAUUA